UUUGGUAUUUCCUUGCAUCUCAGAAUUCGUAAAACAUUAAAGCUCACGAACGCCAUCGUUCGUUAAACGUAAUAUACUUCGUUUUUUGUUUUACAGCGUUUAGUGUAUUUUAAAACCACAACUGCAAAUAUACACAGGCGCUGUGACGACAGAUUCCCGCUUGCUUUUCCGCCAGGAUUUAAAAUGUCAGUUGCAGGAGGCGUUGACAUCACAUCCAGCAAUAGAGCAACAUAAAUAUAAUGCAUACAGUAUUUUGAAUCCCAGUAUUUGAUGCAGACGUUGAUUUCAAAUGCUUAGUUAUAAACUUGUAGUUUAAACUCUUUUGUCAUUUUCACGCUCGAAAACAUGUCCCUGCCACCAGAAAAAGCAACUGAGUUAAAACAAAUAAUUCAUGACCAUUUAAUCAAGAUGGAUAUCCAUGGUAAGAUCCGUGAUGUUUUAGCGGAGACAGUAAGGGGUGAUGGGCACCAUGGACAGCGCUCGCUCUCUGAGGAAGACUUCAUACAUGCGCUCCAGCAGAGGGGAAUCGUGGAUGAUGUGAUGAAAGACCUCAACUUUACAAAUGUGGAUGUUUCUCACGCUGAACCUGAUACUGUGAACAAGUCUGCGACCCGUUUUGUGGACAAGAACAUCACACAGCUGAAGACAACUAACAUCAGUCCACUACGGAGAUACCUCUACCUACAAGUUCUGGGUGGUAAGGCUUUCCUGGAACAUUUGCAGGAGCCAGAGCCUUUACCUGGUCAGGUGUGCUCUACGUUCACCCUUCAUCUCCACUUCCGCAACCAGCGCUUCCGCUCUAAACCAGUCCCAUGUGCUUGUGAACCAGACCUACAGGAGGGCUUUCUUCUGGAAGUCCACAGAGAUGGCCCAGGAGAUGCUAGCAAGAUGGCUGAUGCAACCACCAUGUUGUCCAUCUGUGAUCCAGUGCAUAUGGUGCUGAUUAAAACAGACACGUCUGGGGACACAGCACUCGUUUCUUCUUAUUUUCUUGACUGGCGAACAGUUCUCAGUGCUCCCAAUGGAAAAAACAGUGUCUCAGUAGAACUACUAGGAGUGGGCACUGAAUGUAAAGUACCUGCUGGUGUUCUAAAUCUGAAGUUGGAACUGUAUCCUCCCCUUACUGAGACCCUGAGCCCUGAUGUCAUCAAAACCCAGCGAUCCCUGGAGAGACAGAAAACGGCAGAGAAGGAGAGGCUGUUUUUGGUAUAUGCCAAACAGUGGUGGCAGGAGUUCUUGGAGAUUCGACCCUCACACCAGUCCAAACUGGUAAAGAUCUUUGCACAGGACGAAAAUGGUGUGAACCGGCCUGUAUGCUCAUAUGUACGUGUACUGCGUGCCGGAAGGUUGCUUGAGAGUCCGCGGCAGGCGGCCCGUUUCGUUAGCCUGUUAGCUCAGGAAAGAGCGCCUGUGGUAGGGGGAGGAGUCAGGCAGGAGCAGUGGUGCUCUAUGAUGGCAUUUCUGUGCAGGAACAAGGGUGACUGUGAGGAUCAUGCUACGUUGCUGUGUAGUCUGCUGUUGGGAUUUGGACUGGAUGCUUAUGUAUGUGUGGGCACCAAAGCCAAGAAUAUUCCACACACCUGGGUCAUGACUUGCGGUACAGACGGCUCCAUCACCUUUUGGGAAAGUUUCACUGCACACAGAUACCUUCACCGACCAAUAGACCCAGAAGCUCCUCCCAUGGUCCCCCAACCAAAACCCACCCACCCUUACCGGACACUCGGCUGUGUCUUCAACCACAAGACGUUCUUGGCGAACUGUCAGCCAUCAGAUGCUGUGGAGCUGUGUGUGUUUGACUUCACAGACGGCUCCCGCUGGAAGGCCAUGAGUGAGGAGGCCGUGAGAUCUGUAUGUGCACCCGGCUCCACCUCCUCUCUCCCCCCGACUCCUCCUCUCUGCUCCCCUUCUCUAGUGCCCAAUGAGGCCAGCAACCAACUGGAGCUGGAGAUGCGCUACCUAUUAGCAGAACAUAGGAAGGAUCUUGGUCUGGCAACGGUCUGGGAUGAUCACCUGUCAUACCUGCUGUCAGCAGCGCUGUCGGCGUAUGAACUAGAGCGCUGUACAGGUGUUUCAUGUGGAAACGAGGAGUUUCAGGAUGCUGUGAGAAGGGCGGUGCCCGACGGACACACUUUUAAAGGCUUUCCCAUUCAUUUCUUGCACCGUAAUGCACGCAGGGCAUUCGCUACCUGCCUCAGGUCACCGUUCUGUGAAGAGAUUGUUUGCUGCCGAGGGGAUCAUGUGCGACUGGCGGUGAGGGUUCGUGUUUUUGCUUAUCCAGAGUCAGCUUGUGCUGUUUGGAUCAUGUUCGCUUGCAAGUACAGAUCUGUGCUGUGACAGAACGCAGCAUGAUCAUUCACCUCAGGUUUACAGAAUUCACAAGCCUCCUAAAUAUCUGCUAGAGUUUUGGAAUUACAUGUAUGACUUGUUAUAUUAUCUAUGCUUCUCAUGUAUGUUCAGUACAACACUGUGUGUGUGUGUGUGUGUGUGUGUGUGUGUCAUCUGGAAAGUGUUUUAAAAUGGUAUUUAUGGAUAUAUUUUUCUAAAUAAAUUUUAUGAUACCCUUA